GAGUGACCUUCAACGGGAAGGAAUGCAUGUGUCAGAAGUGCUCCCUGCCCAAGACAGCGGGCAGCAGCGUGCACCUGUCCCAGGGCCUCUGGAGUUGUGGGGGCUGUGGCACAGAAAUAAAAAAUGGCCAGUCCCUGGUGGCUCUGGACAAACACUGGCAUCUGGGCUGUUUCAAGUGUGAGACAUGCGGGAAGCAACUGGACGCGGAGUACAUCAGCAAGGACGGGCUGCCCUACUGCGAGGCCGACUACCACACCAAGUUCGGCAUCCGCUGUGACGGCUGUGAGAAGUACAUCACGGGGCACGUGCUGGAGGCAGGAGAAAAACACUACCACCCACUGUGUGCGCUAUGCGUCCGGUGCGGCCGGAUGUUUGCGGAAGGCGAGGAGAUGUAUCUUCAAGGUUCCUCCAUCUGGCACCCGGCGUGCCGACAAGCAGCCAGAACUGAAGACAAAAACAAGGAAACCAGAAGCUCUUCCGAGAGCAUCAUUUCUGUACCUGCUUCCAGCACCUCGGGGUCUCCAAGCCGCGUGAUCUAUGCGAAGCUGGGCGAUGAGAUUCUCGACUACAGGGACUUGGCUGCUCUUCCUAAAAGCAAGGCCAUCUACAACAUCGACCGCCCCGACAUGAUCUCCUACUCGCCGUACAUCAGCCACUCGGCGGCGGGCAGGCAGAGCUGCCACGAGUCCCCACAGGUACUCUCGCCGACGCCGACAGAGGGGGACCGGGAUGACCGCUCAUGCAAGCAGUGCCGGACCUCCAGCCCGAGCUCCACCGGGUCAGCCAGCCUCGGGCGCUACACCCCGACCUCACGGUCACCCCAGCACUACAGCCGUCCAGACACUGGCGUAAAAGAUAACAUCUAUAGGAAACCCCCUAUCUACAAACAGCAUGCCGUCAGGCGACCCGAUGGAGAGGACGGAAUUUUCGAGCAGGAUAACAGGAAGCAGAAGACCAGCUGGCUGCUUCUCAAGGGGGAUGCAGACACGAGGACUAACUCUCCAGACCUAGACAGCCAGUCUUUGUCCCACAGUAGCGGGACCGAUAGAGACCCUCUCCAAACAAUGCAAGGGGACAACUUUUACUCACGAUUCCCCUAUUCCAAAUCUGACCCUCUCCCAGGACACGGAAAGAAUGGCUUGGACCACCGGAAUGCCAAUCUGGCCCCUUGUGGAGCAGACCCGGAUGCCAGCUGGGGCACGCGAGAAUACAAGGUCUAUCCUUAUGACGCCCUCAUUGUCACCAACCGAAUUCGCGUCAAACUGCCCAAGGAUGUGGACCGGACGCGGCUGGAGAGGCACCUGUCGCCUGAGGAUUUCCAGGAAGUGUUUGGGAUGAGCGUGGAAGAGUUUGACCGCCUGGCCCUCUGGAAAAGGAAUGACCUCAAGAAGAAAGCCCUGUUGUUUUGACGGCCGCCGGGCUGUAUGACCGUGUGCACCGGCGGCAGAGCCCGGGACACCUGGAGAGAACCACGAAAACCCCUCCUACUGCACCUGGCUCUGGCUUCCCUGUGUCCAUGGGGGGCGGGCGGUGGGCCCCUGGAGAGAGCUGGGCUGGAGGCGGGGGCAGGAGGAGGUCCCAGAGCAGGUGCGACCUCUGUUUCCGCCAGCAACGCUCCUGCCCCUGGUUCAGAGCCCAGAAGCCUUGCUUUGCGCUGUUCCUUCCCCGCUGUUGCUUGGCAUCAGGGAGAUGCUGCAAAGUAGCUGUCCCAGGAGAUCAAGGAACACUUACGCGACGUGCAGCCCAGCUUCCCGACCCCUGUGCAGUGCCCCGACCUCCCCACCCCCCCGCACUAGGCCCUGGGGGCACAGAGGUGCCUGGGACUCGGGAUGGGAGGAGGUUUGUCAAUGACAGAUGCUGACACAAUCAUGGGUGGGUGGUCACCUGGCUCCCAGUGUCUGCUCACCCCCCAACUUGCUCAGCCCUGGGGAGGCACAGCCUUGCACCCGGACAGGCCAGACCAGGGAGAGUGCCGCAGAGCACCCGGGACUGCAUGAAGUCAAGCACGGGGUGCAUGAUUUUUGCAUCCGCUUGUGACGAGUCUGUUUUUAGGGACAAACGUCAGCCUGACAGGGUACCUUCGGCCAGGGCCCUCCGUGCACUGCAUUUUUCUUCCAAAUCAUCCCCCAGAUGCCUAAAUGAUAUCUUUAAAGUAACACAGAAGUUUUUAUUUUAUUAAAGAGCAUAGCCUACUUAAACAUAAGACGACAUAUAUAGAGUUCCAUUUUACGGUCCCGCGGAAGGGGAGCGCCUCCAGCCUUAUUCUCCACUGUUCCAAUCUGUGUGUUUUCGCUUCUUGGUGUGUUCCUAACACCUAGGGCUCCUUGUCGGUUUUCUUUCCGUUGUUUUUUUUUUUUUUCUUUUUCACCUGUCACCCGGGUGCCCUUAAGGGCAGCCCUCGCCCACGUAAUGCCCACGUAACGCCCACGUAAUGCUGUUUAUAAGUAUGCGUGAAGUGUAGCCACCACAGUCUGCCUCGCUGUUAUUCUCCACGUCUUGGAGAGAGAACAUCCUCUUCUGAUGGCCAAAGCCCGGGAAUAGAGGAUUUCCAUGCCUCCAGCCUAAUACCCAACGUAGCCCUUGCUGUGCCCGUCUUUCCCACGGUGGAACGUAGCCCCCUGGGCUGAAGCCUUCCGCAUGAGUGUGUGGUCCUGAGACAGGCACCUGGCUGCUGGGGAAGGA